ACUCCAGACCUCAGCAUUCAUCUACCGUCCUCUCAUCUGGAGGGCAUGGAUCCCCAUGUGGAUGUGAAGAUUGAAGAUGCUCAGCUGGCUGAUGGAAAUCAUGCUAAACAGGAGCCACCUGGAGCCAGCAUGAAGGUUCACCUUGCCUCGGUGGCCAUACCAAGCUUCAAGCUAAGUAAGCUGGACCUGAAGGGCCCCACAGAUGGCAUUGAAAUCCCCAGUGAAGUGGUGUGUGGACCCGACGUCAAGCUGUUAUUAUCUGGUGUGCAGGCUGACCUCCAGACUCAGCCUUCCUCUGUGGUUUUUAGUAUCGUCAAAGAGCUGCCUGUUUCCUAUGUUUCUGGUGAAUCCUCAAUUGAGUCUGCAAAUACUCCUCCACUUGAUGGAUCUGAUCGGGAAGGAGAGGGAAGUUCCUUCAAAUUGCCACACAUCAAGCUCCGUCCAUUUACUUUGUCUCCAAAAAAGAAAGCAGAGUCUGCAGGUGACUCUGAGUCCCCACAGGUGGAUCCCAUCCAUAGUCCUGAUUUUUCUGUAGUUGAAAUCGACCCUCAAAUUGGGACUUGUGAAUCGCACCAGCAUGUAUCUAUCGAGAAGGAAGCAGAGAAGGGAAGAAACCGGAAGCUGAGCUUUUCCAUGCCACGACUUGCACUGCCCAAGAUAAAAGGUUCUAAGGGGCGAGCUGGCAUGCCGGAGGGAGAAGUGAAGCCAUCACUUACCGGUACUACAGCUGGAGGUAACUUGGUAGUCGUACAAACCUCUGUCAGUGAUACCCAUGUUGGGGGCACUAGAUCAAAAGAUGUUGCUACAGCGCCCAGCAUCAGAUCCCCCUCCAUGCCUGCAGAAGUGACUGGGUGCAAAACUGAUCUUGCGCCUCUCGAAGAUGCCUUGGAUAUCAGAGGUGACAUCCAGAGUCAUAUGUUUUUGGGUGUGUCUGCAAGUCAGCCCUUUGGGGAACUGACAGCAUCUGUGACAGGAGACCUGCAGCCAUCCUGUAGACAAACACAUAGCGCCCCCACCAUGGAAAGCCCUGAGAUAGAUCCCACAGCAAAAGAGACAACAAAGUAUUCACAUGAGCGCCGCUUCAAAAUGCCCAAGUUCCGAGUUCCUGGUUUCAGGCGCUCCUCAUCCAAGGAGCGAGAUGGGGCUGGAGAACAGGAAGCUACUCAGACUCCAGACGCUGGCAUAGCCUUAGAGGCAGAAGUAGCAGCUGCCAAUGAGCCUGAGUCAAAAUUAGAGGCACAUGUCUCCCUGGGGUCACCAGAGGAAGGGAUCAGUGUGGAAACUCCAAAAAGCCCUACGUAUGCAGAUGUUGUAAAACGUGAUCUCCAUGGAACAGGUGUUAGGAUGCAUGGCUCCACUGUGGGGAUGUCCCAGACACAUCCGUCCACCCAUGAGUUAGGGACCCAUCCAGGCAAAAACUCUUCUAGUGUGAGCGUCUCAGAACUCCAGCUUCCUCCAGAAGGAACAGGCAAGCAACAGCAUCCUGGGUCAGGAGGACACAUUCUUGCUGAGGUGGCGGCUGGAGCAGGAAACUGGCCUUCUCAGCCCCAAGGACCUCUGAGGUUGAAGGCUUCCGUCACUGAUAUGCCAUCCCAGGCCUCCAUGGUGAGCACGAGUCAGCUCUGGGAGGAUUCUGUGUUGACUGUAACAUUCCCCAAAUUAAAGGUACCCAAGUUCUCCUCCCAUGACUCCAGCUCUGAGGCUGAUGUAUUCUUCCCUGUGGUGAGGAAGGUGCAAUGUGCAGAGGCCAGCAUUGACAGUGCCAUGCAUAAAGAUGGUCCUGGGCUCUGGGUAGCCAGCAUUCUAAAGACAGGUGCUGAGGAUCCUAGAGGGCCACCAGUAAGCCUUGAGCAAUCAGUGGAACCAUCCCCUAUUUCUAAGGUCAGAGUGCACAUUCAGGGCUCUCAAGGUGAGAGUCAAGAAGUCGCUUUUUGCAGCAGGAUGGAACAAGAGGGUUCUGACUCCUCAGCAUGCGAAGCCUUUUCUACUCAGAUUGUACGGGAAUCAGAGAUUCCUGUGUCUACAAUUCAAACUCCUUCUUACGGGUUUUCUUUGCUGAAAGUGAAAAUCCCAGAGCCUUCUGUGCAGGCUAGUGUGCAAACAGGGGCUCCCGACUGCCAGGUACAGGAGGACUCGGUGGGUGGAGCUCCCCGAGCUGCUGCAGGGAGACACUUCAUUCCUGCUGAUUUCCCACCUGAUGCUGGCGAGCCCUUUGAGAUGAUCUCCUGCAGUGCUGGCGUGCCUCCUGGGCCCCAGCUCACAGACAGCACCUCUGAUGAGGAGCAGGCAGAGAUUCUUGAAUUUCCUGAGGACAGCCAGGAGGUAAAGACCCCUGAGAUGGCUACAAAACAGAAGCCAGAAGGAAAGAAGGCCAGCCUGUUGUGGUCCUGGCUGCCAAGCAUUGGGUUUUCCUCUGUGGAAGAGACGGCUGCUGAUUCCGGAGAUGCUGCCCAGAGACCUGCCCCUGUCCACGUGCAGCCUGCUGCUCGACUGGACCCUGAACUGCCCAGGAAACAGGAGAAGGCGGGCUGGUUCCGCUUCCCUAAGCUCGGAUUCUCCUCUUCACCUACGAAGAAGAUCAGAAGCGCCGAAGGUGGGGACGUUCAGGUGGAGCAGAAGCCCCAGGAAGAAACCCUCACCUUUUUUGAUGCCCGAGAAAGCUUCUCUCCCGAGGAGGAGGAAGCUGAGCAGGAGGUGACCAGUGCCAGGCCUGGUUCCAAAGCAAUGGUGGCAUCCUCUGCCAGAACAGAACUAGUACUGUUGGAACAGGCUAGAGAUACCGGUGACAAAUCUACACCUAGGCCUGUGGCCAAAUGAGAGCCGGAGGUCAGAGUCGGUGGAAGAGAUAAACAAGGCAAGCUGAGCAUCGGGCCUGGGCGCUGUGAAAGCAGCCUACCCUAGAAUGCACCUUUACACCUUGAUCUGCGGACUUGAAACCAAAGCACAGAUGAAUAGUGUGUCUGUGCCACAUAACACAGUCAUCCACACGGAAAUAAAAAUUAUGCUAGUUUCUUCCAAGCUUUGGAAGCAACGAAGGCUGCAAAAUUGUCUAGCUCUGUGUGUUACUGCUGGAGAACUCUGUUGGCUUUUGUGGGGUAAGUCCCAAGAAGCCACCCAGUGUCAGGAGAGCAACAUUGCCCCUGGAGUUCCCAUAUCUGUGGGCAGAAGUAGCUUUUGGUGUAAUCUCUGCCCCAUCGUUGCCGUUUCCUGGUGAGUUCUCUUUUCCUGUCAGGCAGAAUAUGGGGUGCCCCGGGACACCCCCAUACCUUCUUGUUCGUGAACUUCCUCCUUUGCUGACUGUUUUGCUUUGAGACAUUGACUGUGAUGAGAAGUAUGUGUGGCAGAAAGUUCUGGCCGGUGGCGAACUGUGUUCAGUGAUAGGGCACAGACACGGGGUUGCCAUCAAACCUUGGUUGUGUUUAUUUGUCUACCUGCCUGCUGGUGUCAACUAAUUCCCCCAGUGUGUACGAGUUCUUUGCUCUGGCUCCUGAGCACCUCAUGGUACUGAUUGUAGACCUGACAGACCGUCCCCUUCAGUCCCCUCCUACUGGGCAAUAAAGGAAACGAUG